AUGGCCUCAGCAGCGAUGAGCCCGGCCCGGCGUCUGCUGCUGCUGCUGCCGCCGAGGUGUCCAUCAUCGUCGCCGGCCAUCUGCGCCGCGGCGGCAGCGGCUCGCCGCCAUUACGCGGCGCCGUCUCGCAAACAGAUUGCCCGCGAGGUGGAACGCACCAAUCGCAUGAUCACCGCCAGAAAUAACCGGGAGCUGAGCCUGUCACAAAUGCAAAAGGAGGCGCACGCCGACUACUUCAAGGACGGCGAUGGGCCCCUGUUUCCGACCACCUUCGUUGCCAUGCCCUUGUCCCAAUGUCCCCGAAACCCCUCCCGCUUCUUUGAUUACCAGUGGGCCCGCAUGAAGCAGUGGCUCUUGGAGACCGGCUCUGUGCUCGGCUACAAGCUCAAUUCGAUGGCCUCGUGGACCUCGCGCCCCAAGUGGAAGGUCCGGCGCGGCCAGAUUGCGCCCACCGCAAAAGCCAUGUAUCGCGAGAUGCUCGAGGCCUUUGCCCAUGGCGACAAGCAGACGCUGCACAACAUUUGCCUGGCGGGCUGCGCCAAGAAGCUCAUCUCGGCCAUCGACCGCAGAGAUAACCGCGAAGGGUGGCGCUUCGAGGUGGUCAAAUACAACCGCCCUCUCCUCUAUCCGCGCCUCAUGUCCCACCGCAUCCACGAGUUCAACCCCUACGACAAGACCAUGGCCACCGAGCAGGCCGUCGUGGCUAUCUGCUCCACCCAGCAAGCCUCCAAGUACACCAUCGCCACCGGCGCCACGAUCCCCGGCACCCUCAAGCUACAGGACAAGACCGAGUAUGUCGUCUUGUCCAGGCAAGUCAACCAGAAGACCUUUGUCAGCACGCCGUGGCGGAUAUGGGGCACCAUGUCGCCCACGACGCUCGAGGGGUAUUUGAAGGAACAGGCCAUCAUUGGCAAGGAGCAGGCGAGGAGAGCGGGCUGGGGCCCGGAGACGACGAAACGAAUGUAA